AGGAAAACAGAACCAGCCGCCAUCCAUCCAUCCCCUUGCAGUUCCAUCCUCCCUGUUUUGAUUGUCCCCACUCCUGUCCAAAAAUCCCCCCCUUCCCUGUUCACAUCAUUCCCUUGACUUGUUUUGACCUGUUCAUUUAUUGCUCUCUCUUUUUUAGUGUUUCCCAUCAUUUUCAUUCCCCUCGAUCUUACCCUCACCCUCCCACUCACUCACUCACUCACUUCAGACACCACACUCACUAACUGAUUGCAAUCUAACUCUCAGAUUGCAACCAACAUAAUAACAACUUCUUAUCAACUUCCUCAACCCCUGCCCAUUUACCCGAUUGAAUGACCAGCAACUGAAGAUCAAAAGGAACAACCCGGAAUUAAAACAAAAAUUCAAACACAGUCGAUUUCGAUUCCAACCAUUAUAAACACUAGCAGCAUUCAGCCAUCUCUUUCAGCCACCUCACUCACUAACAACUCAACUCUACAUACUCUCAAGCCCUCUCUCCCAAGCCAACAACCCAUCUCGACCAACCAAGCCCAACCAUCGCUCAGCAGACCCUCGACUAUAAACCACUACCCCACUCCCAUUCUCCCCCUCCUUCUUCUUCUUCCUUCCCAUCCUACCAAACUCACUAAUCCAAAAACCCGAACUUCCUUCUUCACCAUGACUGUCAGUCGACCUCAAUCAUCUCUCUCUAAUCACUCCGACGACCAACGACUCCACUUCCAUCGUCAACUGAUGGGAAGAGCCAAUAGCUCCACUGCUACUAAUCAGCUUGAACUUCAUCAACCUCUGCUGCCUAAUCGGCAAUCCAACCUUGGCUUGAACACCACAUCCUGUAGCUUCAUCGAUCCACUCAGGAACUCGACAACCGACCUAUCGCCCUACCAUCAUGCCAUGUUCAACCACCCAUCCUCCACUUCAACUCGUCCAUCUUCAAGAUCAUCCAACUAUUCGGCCACCUCACCACUACCCAUCCCUCCCAUCGCCAUCGGCUCACCCACCGCCUCUCUCUCCUCGAGACACUCUUCAUCCGUCAGAGGCGACCUCUACAAUGCUGCCAGUCUCUUCCCACUCCCAUCCACAUCUUUCCGGCCUGCAACCGCUGGAUCUGGUCAGUUCUUCGAUCCCGACGUCGAGGCCGAAAGGGUCCGGCUUGCUAAACUCGAACAGCGUCGUAGUCUCGCCCUGUCUCGUCCUAAUAUGAACACCGCGCGUAACAGUAGCGAGGGUAGUAUCAGAAGUGUCCACAGCUUUCGCUCGGUCGGUCCCAGUCAUUCCAAGGUCCUAGGACCCCCUGGCCGCUUCGGAACGAACGCUGGUUCGGUAUAUCGACCUUCACCUCUGAGAUCUGCAUCUACUCCAGCAUUGGCGACGAUGGAAGCAGAAGCAGAGAAGAAGAAGCAACGUAAGGAGAUGAAGGAGGAGUACCAAAAGAUGCGAGCGGCGCGGAUCGAGGAGGAGAAGCGGAUGUCCCAACAAGCUGGGGAGAAGUACCCAUCGCAAGACUCGCCAGGCUGGUUUGCGUCGCGGUUCAAGCGGUCCAAAGAGCUCCCAUCGACGAGGCGGAUCGCGGGACAUGGUAUUGACGAUCGACGGUCUACUUCCCAGUCCUCGGCCACCGAGUCCAGUGCGCCUUCAUCCUCGCCCCUUGACGAUGGCUCGCAUUCCACCGUGCCCACCUCGGUGGAGGAGGAUUACCAGGAGCUCGGCCAACGGCCCAAGAACGAGGAUCUGCUCGAGGACCUCUCGGACCAUAUGAGCUCCUUCGACUCCCCUCCCAUCGACCCCUUCCGCAAGAGCAUGCUCCCCGGCCAGGUCCCGCCUACCCCCACCAAACGACCAAUUGCUACCGGCCAAACUCCCAAGACUAUCGGCAGAACUCUCCCGUCUCGGAUGAACAUCAUCAAACUUAAUAAGCUCCUUGAGAGCUUCAAGAUCGGCGGUGCAACGGCCCCUCCAACUGGGCUGAAUGAUGAUGAUUCGACAACCACUCCGAUCUCGAUCACUCAGAAAGAGGACAAACGUAAACCCAAGAUCUCGGUCGUCGAAUCCCGCUCACCCAUUCCGAAUAACCAUCCAUCAUCAACGCUUAAUAAUAAUAAUAAUCCCUCUCUGGCAAAUGAGGCUCAAUCGGGCUGGUUUGGAUCGAUCAAAUCGAUUCGUCACAAGGCCGCCAGACUCUCCCGAGUGGACACUCGGAAUAGCACAAUCGAUCCGCUCAACGCCGGCAAGCGGAGGAAAAGCAUCGGCGGACUGUUCUUUAAUAGUAGCGUUGUCAACAAUCAGGCCGAGCUUAUUCCUCCGGUCCCCAAACUGCCCGUCGAUCUUGUCCAUCAUUAAUUCUCCCAGCUUUUCCUCUUUUUUUUUUCUUCUCUUCUUUCGCCCAAUUCAUCUGCUUCUUCAUCUGUCGAACAAUCCUUAUCCUUUUUGUAUAUCAGCUCUUCUCUGUGGUCUUAUCCCCUUCUUCCCAAAAGACACAAAAGCUCUUGCCUUUUUUUGGUCUUUAUUUCGAGUUCUAAUACUUAAUUUGAUUUGACUUUGUCAGCUGUUUUUCUCUUCUGGCCUUUGGAUCAUCAUCAUCCUCAUCAUCAUCUAUUAUCUAUCUGACCUCCUCCAUUAUCUUUUCUUGUCAUUCAUUUAUCUAUCAAUCCUUCCAUCCCCCUUUUUUUUGAAGAAAGAAGAAGAAACAGGUCAUAUAUAAAUAGUAUAUAUAUUCUCAUAUAUAUAAGCUUGAUAUAUCUUUCAUUAAUCAGAGCUCUAUCCCUCUUCUUUGUUUCUUCUUCCUUUGUUUAUCUCAGCAAUCAUUUUCUUUUUUCAUUAUUAUUAUUAUUCU